AGCCAGGAUGCGUCAGCGGCAGCCCACUCGGAGUCGGGGUCCAGCAGCAAGCACCAGCAGCAGUCGCAUUCGCACUCGAAUGCCAUCAUGGGCGAGGCGGGCGUCUCCAGUUCCCAGCUGCUGCCGCCCUCGACGCCGGCACGCACACUGCGUCCCAUUUCUGGCGGAGAUGCGGGCCUGUACGAUGCGCCCGAUGACUGUCAUUUUAUGCCCGCCGCUGGACUGGAGCAGCCGGAGAUUGCCCUGACCUGUAAUCUGCGCACGGUGAACAGCGAAUUCGACACGACCAAUUUCAGUGUGAUUCCCGCGGAGCACACGGUUGCCCUGCACAUUCUGUGCAACGACGAGAUCAUGGCCAAGAGCCGACUAGAGGCGCAGUCCUUCGCCCAUUUGUCGCGGCUGCAGCAGCUGUCCAUUCAGUACUGCAAGCUGGGCAAGCUGGGUCGCCAGGUGCUCGACGGUCUGGAGCAGCUGCGAAAUCUCACGCUGCGCACCCACAACAUUCUGUGGCCGGCACUGAACUUUGAGAUUGAGGCGGAUGCGUUCGCUGUGACCAAGCAGCUGGAGAGAUUGGAUUUGAGCUCGAACAACAUAUGGUCCCUGCCGGAUAACAUAUUCUGCGCGCUGUCCGCCUUGUCCGCACUGAACAUGAGCGAGAACCGCCUGCAGGAUGUCAACGAGCUGGGCUUCCGGGAUCGCAGCAAGGAGGCGCCCAGCUCCACAGAGUCCAGUCCCAGCUCCAGCUCCAGCUCCGUCUCCACCACCGAGGCGGGCAGACGUGCCGUCAGCUCGUGCUCAUUGGAUCUGGAGCUGCUCGAUGUCAGCUUCAAUCACUUUGUCCUCCUGCCCGCCAAUGGGUUUGGCACGCUGCGCCGCCUGCGCGUGCUCCACGUGAACAAUAAUGAGAUCUCGAUGAUUGCGGACAGGGCUUUGAGUGGCCUCAAGAAUCUGCAGGUGCUCAAUCUGAGCUCCAACAAGAUUGUCGCCCUGCCCUCCGAGCUGUUCGCGGAACAGUCCAAGACCAUCCAGGAGGUCUAUCUGCAGAACAAUUCCAUCAGUGUGCUCAGUCCGCAGCUCUUCUCCAAUCUGGACCAACUGCAGGCGCUGGACCUGUCCUUCAAUCAGAUCACCUCCACGUGGACGGAUCGCAACACGUUUGUCGGACUCAUACGUCUCGUCCUGCUGAAUCUCUCGCACAACAAGCUGACCAAGCUGGAGCCGGAGAUCUUCAGCGAUUUGUACACGCUGCAGAUACUCAAUUUGCGGCACAACCAGCUGGAGAACAUUGCCGCGGACACCUUUGCGCCCAUGAACAAUCUGCACACGCUGCUCCUCUCCCACAACAAGCUGAAGUACCUGGACGCCUAUGCGCUGAACGGGCUCUAUGUGCUGUCGCUGCUCUCGCUGGACAACAAUGCGCUGAUUGGCGUGCAUCCGGAUGCGUUCAGGAACUGCAGCGCGCUGCAGGAUCUGAAUUUGAAUGGGAACCAGCUGAAGACGGUGCCGCUGGCGUUGAGGAAUAUGCGCCUGCUGCGCACCGUGGAUCUGGGCGAGAACAUGGUCACCGUGCUGGAGGAGAACGCCUUCAAGGGUCUGGGCAAUCUGUACGGGCUGCGUCUGAUUGGCAACUAUUUGGAGAACAUAACGAUGCACACGUUUCGCGAUCUGCCUAGCCUGCAGAUACUGAAUCUGGCCAGGAAUCGCAUAGCUGUCGUCGAGCCGGGCGCCUUCGAGAUGACCUCCAGCAUCCAGGCGAUACGCUUGGACGGCAACGAGCUGACGGACAUCAAUGGACUGUUCAGCAAUAUGCCCUCGCUGCUCUGGCUGAAUAUCUCGGAUAAUCGGCUGGAGAGCUUCGACUAUGGGCAUACGCCCAGCACGCUGCAGUGGCUCGAUCUGCACAAGAAUCGGCUCGGGCUGCUGUCGAAUCGCUUUGGGCUCGAUGCCGAGCUGCGUCUGCAAACGCUCGACGUGAGCUUUAAUCAGCUGCAGCGCAUUGGCCCCGCCUCCAUACCCAAUUCCAUAGAGCUGUUGUUUCUGAACGACAACCUAAUCACGACUGUGGAUCCGGACACGUUUAUGCACAAAUCGAAUCUGACUCGGGUGGACUUGUAUGCGAAUCAGAUCAACACGCUCGACAUUAAAUCCCUGCGCAUUCUGCCCGUCCAGGAGCAGCGUCCGCUGCCCGAGUUCUAUAUUGGCGGCAAUCCCUUCACCUGCGACUGCAACAUCGACUGGCUGCAGAAGAUCAAUCACAUCACGUCCCGCCAAUAUCCGCGCAUCAUGGACCUGGAGACCAUCUACUGCAAGCUGCUCAACAACAGGGAACGCGCCUAUAUUCCGCUGCUGGAGGCGGAGCCCAAGCACUUCCUGUGCACCUACAAGACGCACUGCUUCGCCGUCUGCCAUUGCUGCGAGUUCGAUGCCUGCGACUGCGAGAUGACCUGCCCCACGAACUGUACGUGCUUCCACGACCAGACCUGGUCGACCAAUAUAGUCGAGUGCUCCGGCGCCGGCUACUCGCAGAUGCCGCGCCGUGUUCCCAUGGACACCACCGAGCUGUAUAUCGAUGGCAAUAAUUUUGUCGAGCUGGCGGGUCAUUCGUUCCUCGGACGCAAGAACCUGGCCGUGCUCUAUGCGAACAACUCGAAUGUGGCGCACAUUUACAAUACCACGUUCAGUGGACUGAAGCGUCUGCUGGUGCUGCAUCUGGAGGACAAUCACAUUGUCUCACUGGAGGGCAACGAGUUCCACAAUCUGGAGAAUCUGCGCGAGCUGUAUCUGCAGUCGAAUCGCAUUGCGAGCAUUGCCAAUGGCAGCUUCCAGAUGCUGCGCAAGCUGGAGGUGCUGCGCCUGGACGGCAAUCGCCUGAUGCACUUUGAGGUGUGGCAGCUCGCCUCGAAUCCGUAUCUCGUCGAGAUCAGUCUGGCCGACAAUCAGUGGAGCUGUGAGUGCGGCUACCUGUCGCGCUUUCGCAACUAUCUGGCGCAGAGCUCCGAGAAGAUUGUCGACGCCGCCCGCGUGAGCUGCAUCUACAACAAUGCGACCAGUGUGCUGCGCGAGAAGAACGGCACCAAGUGCACGCUGCGCGACGGAGUCGCCCACUAUAUGCACACCAAUGAGAUUGAGGGCCUGUUGCCGCUGCUCCUGGUGGCCACGUGCGCCUUUGUGGGCUUCUUUGGCCUCAUCUUCGGGCUGUUCUGCUAUCGGCACGAGCUCAAGAUGUGGGCGCACUCCAACAGCUGCCUGUUGACCUUCUGCUAUCGCUCGCCCCGCUUUGUGGACCAGCUGGACAAGGAGCGACCGAAUGAUGCCUACUUUGCCUAUAGCCUGCAGGAUGAGCAUUUCGUCAAUCAGAUUCUGGCCAAUACCCUGGAGAGCGAGAUUGGCUAUCGGCUGUGCCUGCACUAUCGCGAUGUCAACAUCAACGCCUACAUCACGGACGCACUGAUUGAGGCCGCGGAGAGCGCCAAACAGUUUGUUUUGGUGCUAUCCAAGAACUUCCUCUACAACGAGUGGACACGCUUUGAGUACAAGAGUGCGCUCCACGAGCUGGUGAAGCGACGCAAGCGUGUCGUCUUCAUACUCUACGGGGAUCUGCCGCAGCGGGAUAUCGAUCUGGAUAUGCGGCAUUAUUUGCGCACAAGCACCUGCAUCGAGUGGGAUGACAAGAAGUUCUGGCAGAAGCUGCGUCUCGCCCUGCCCCUGCCACAUGGCAGAGGCAACAAUAAUAAGCGCGUGUCCGGCUGCCUGGCCGCACGCACCUCCUCGGUGAAUAUGUAUGCCACGGCGCACGAAUAUCAGUCGGGCGUUGGGGGCGUGCCCGUGCCAGUGCCCGCAGCAAGGAUCGCGGACAAGCUGUACGCGGACUGCAGCAGCAACAACUAUGCCACAAUCAAUGAGUGCGGCGCCCGUGGCUACAAGCCCAUACCCACAUCCGCAACGGCUGCGGCAGCUGCCUGCAAAUUCAACACUAUGAAUCCGCUGACCAAGAAGCAGCGCGAGCUCAGCAUCGCGGGCAUGGCCAAAACGCUGGAACAUCAUCCGCACCAGCAGCAGCCGCAGCAGCAGCAGCAGCACCGACGCAGUCAGCACGAGUACGCGGUGCCCGCCUAUUUGGCAGCUGGCCAGGCGCCCGCCUACGACAGCGUCGACUAUGCCAAGCAGCAGCAGCUGCAGCUGAGGGGCAGCAGCAACUGCGAGUGCAUAGGCACCGCCAAGCGCUCCGUUAAGAGUCAGGCAUCCUCGGCUGCGGCUGCGGCGGCGGCGGCGGCGAGCGUGCUGCCCAGCUCGUUUAGCUCGAACUUUGUGCCGCCCGCCAUCAGCGCCGGCGCCUACAACUGCAAGAAGCCCUGCAAUUGCAAUGCGGACGACGAGCUGCUCUGCGGCUGCGGCGGGCUGGAGAGCGGCACACAGAGCAGCGCCACGAUGAGCAGCAGCAGCAACAACAGUCGCCAGCCGGAGCUGACGCAUUACGAAUCGAAUUUGAGUCUCAAUGAGCUGGACGAUGGCGGCGCCAGCAAGCCGCUGCAUGAUCUGUGGGCGUAACCGAGCCAAAGGGCGGGGCGUGACCAGUUCGAACAACCAGUGAAUUUAUAAGCAAGGCAAACUAACUAAACUAAAACUAAAACUUACACUUAAACUACAACUUAAACUAAAAUUAAAAGUAAACUAAACUUAAAUUAAAGGCAAGAGCGGAGAGAAGGAAAGCAUAGCAUACAUUUGGGGGCAGUGGAAGAGACUGAUAUUUUUAGUUGUUUGAAAUAAAUUUGACUUAGCCUGUACAUAAUACCCACGACUUAAACAAUUGAUAUUCUAACACGUUCGCUAAUUUAUUGCAUUGUAUAAAUAUAUAAAUAUAAAUCUAUAUAUAUACAUAUAUAUAUAUAAAGUAUAAAAGGAAAUUCAUUUAGCCUAGGCAUUUGUACAUACAAAGAACUACAACU